GUGGGAUGAGUUUGGACAGACUGGCAGAGGCAGUGAGAGCCCCCCCGGCCCGGGACGUGACCGCCGCGUUUCAUUCACAGCGCGCUCCGAGCACCAGAGACACUUUAGACAACUCAAGCAGCGAGUCUUCAGAGGCAGAGCUGGCAGAAAAGGAGAGGAGCGCUGAGCUCAGGAGCGAUGACGGCAGCGCGGACGACCCGAAGAAGAAGAAGCAGCGGCGGCAGCGGACUCACUUCACCAGCCAGCAGCUGCAGGAGCUGGAGGCCACCUUCCAGAGGAACCGCUACCCGGACAUGAGCACAAGGGAGGAGAUCGCCGUGUGGACCAACCUGACCGAGGCCAGAGUCCGGGUGUGGUUCAAGAACCGCCGGGCCAAGUGGAGGAAGCGCGAGCGGAACCAGCAGAUGGACCUGUGUAAGAACAGCUACCUGCCCCAGUUCAGUGGUCUCAUGCAGCCCUAUGACGACAUGUACCCGGCCUACACCUACAACAACUGGCCCAACAAAGGCCUGGCCCCCGCGCCGCUCUCCACCAAGAACUUCACCUUCUUCAACUCCAUGAGCCCCCUGACGUCCCAGUCCAUGUUCUCCGCGCCCAGCUCCAUCUCCUCCAUGAGCAUGGCCUCCGGGAUGGGCCACUCCGCGGUGCCGGGCAUGGCGGCCCCGGGCCUCAACAACAUCAGCAACCUGAACGGGAUCGGCACGUCGGGCAUCAACUCGGCCAUGUCGACCCCCGCGUGUCCCUACGGCCCCCCCGGCUCCCCGUACAGCGUGUACCGGGACACGUGCAACUCCAGCCUGGCCACGCUAAGACUCAAGUCCAAACAGCACCCGACGUUCGGCUACAGCGGCCUGCAGAGCCCCGGGUCCAGCCUGAACGCCUGUCAGUACAACAGCUGACGGGCCGGACCCGGACCCGGGGGGGAGGGGCAUCAUUGCACACCUGAAACAGACUCACCUGGAUUAGCUGCAUCAGCCCCACCCAUAAAAAAUAACAAUAAAUAAAUAAAUAAAAAAGGAUGACGCGGGUUCCAUGUUUACUGAUGAACUUACAGCAGUUAAAGGUCCAGGACUGAUGGAUUUGUUCAAUAAUGAAGACGUGUUACAUUGCUGCAUUGUACAUAAUUAAUGUAAAUAUAUAUACAGGUCUAACAUAUGAAACAAACAAACAAACAAACAAAGGGACUUCUUUCUUUCCUGUUUAAUGUCCUUCAUUCUGAAGACUGGGACCAAAAACAACCAGUUCAUUAAGAACCAACCAGAGGAAAAACCAAGAAACUUGACUCAUUGUACAUAUUUUAUACUGCUUCUGUGUACUUUUACUUUCCUCAGAGCUGUUUCACAUUAUUUUCAUUUAGUUUGCUUUAAAAAACGCGCAUGUUUAACUUGACUAUAACUGUAUAAAAGCUGGUUCAGUCCGAGUGUGUUUAUUGUAACAUGUUUGUUUGAAUAAAUUCCAGGAAAAGAGGUUUUUAUUUCAA